AUGGCAGAGCUUACAGAUGGUGCCGAUUUAUCGAUUCGCAAACCAGAGAGUUGUACCAUAGAGCAUUGCUAUUAUGCCUUCGACACUCUGUACUGCGCGCUCACCAAGGAAGAUCUAGUCGAUAUCGAUUAUUUCCAAGAAUAUCUCAAAGGGGAAUUCCCCCUGUUUGUGACGUGGAAUACCGUGUCAUCUCGCUCGUUGGGGGGCGUUCGACUUCGUGGCUGCAUCGGUAACUUUGAGGCGAUGAGCCUGGACGAUGGCAUAAAGGAAUACGCAUUGAUAAGCGCGUUCCGAGACCAUCGGUUCAGGCCGAUCGAAGAAAAGGAAUUGCGAAAGUUGGAGUGCACGGUCUCUCUUCUCACAGACUUUGAGGACGCCGGCGACACCCCAUCUGCACCAUCUCCCAUAUCGUCAUCGACGUCGUUGCCUAGACCGUCGGGCCGUCAACGGAGGUUGACCGCGACCUAUCUUCCUGACGUUAUCCCUGCGCAAGGAUGGACGAAGCAGGAAGCAGUGGAUAGUGCUCUUCGAAAGGCUGGAUUUGAUGGGCGUAUCACUGAAGAGCAGAACCCUGGCUCGCGUCAAUUGAUGUCGAAUCCAGAACAGCUUUUCAACUCUCUUCGACUCGAGGUGAUCGUUCCCGACGAAGUCAUUGAAUUUCCUGAGUCAAUUGACAGUGCUUGGAUACGAAAACUUGAGGCACUAGGAGAAAGACCAGCCGCAUAUUUUGAUGAGCGCUUGCAAUUUUACCUUGUCUCCCGCGUUGGCAGCAAGCCUGCAGGUGGACCGGGUCCGACACCUCCCUUGUAUUUGCUCAACUUCCUCGUCUACCUGCAAGUCGCCAUAGAUGCGAUAUACGUCCCUUCCUACACUCCGGCCUCGGGCGGAACCUCACCGCGUCCGCCCGCCAAGUUGCGUCUACCACAAGGGUCUGGUUCGAUGCUCAAUAUACCAGCACACUCAUCACCUCUCAAGAACCCAGUCAACGCGUCAAGGCCAGUCCCAGUGCAGCCACCCGAAACUCCCAACCCUCAGCCCAUGACCUCAGAAAGUGAGCGUAUACUAGGCAGGACGGAUAUGGGUGUUCCGGUACAGUCUUAUUUCUGGGGAGAAGAAAAUGACGGCCAGCGGAAGAUUGGAGUUCAAGAUGGCAAGCCAUCUUUUCGUUUGGUAUGGCUACCAGAGGAGGAUAAUUGGGCUAUGAUAUAUAGACUCGAAGUCACGGUUGAGUAUCUCAGGGUCAGGAUGCAAGAUCCAGUCCUGUGCUUGACUGUAUCAGCAACACUGAGAGAUAAACCUAUGCUACAAACACCUCAACGGGAAGAACUGAUUGAAUUAUUCAAGUCUGCCGGUGGAGUUUAUCAGGUGGUGAAAUCUAGGCCUAAACAUAAUGGCAGCGUCCCACCAAAGGACCAAGAGAUCGAGGACGACGUUAUGUAUGGCCUGGAGGAGGUAAACCUUCUUGAAGGUCUUACUGAUGGUAUUACAUUUACCCCCGAGGACCCGGCGGACAAAUUGACCUUAUCGACCUCCCGCAUGGGUACUGGUAUUCGUCGACAAGCCUUCUCCCUUGCACCAACGCCCUCUCGCCAAGAAGCUACCUCUCCAGCUAGCGUGGGCACAACUACAGCAACGCCUCUAUCAAACCGUCAAUUACCAACACUUCGUAAGGCGUUUCGCAAAACGUUACCUACUGCUUCUGGAAUACAGGUUCGUCUAUUGCCAGCGUUCGUUCCUCAUGCGUUUACGGACGACGACUUUGCCGAAUACGAUGAAACUACUGGGGAAGAGCAUUCUGUAGUGCUUAGUAUUGAACUUGAAAACUCGGGUGGGCAGGACAGUGGAUUCUUGGUCGAGAAAAUCCAAGUGACUGUUAAUGGUGAAGACACCCAGACAAGGCUCUUGGGAUCAACAAAAUUUCCUUUGCCCUUACGAUCCCGAGAUCAGUAUAAUCUCCUAUAUGCGGUCAUGUUCAUGUUGCCGCCUGACUUGUUGGACGCCGCGAGUGGACGCACCCAUAGUCGAAGAGACAGUAUUCCCGUGACUCGAGACUCAUUCAUGCACCGUAUCGUCACGAUUAUUGUUACUGGUCGGCCCUUUGAUUUGACUAGGCAUGAUAUGUCCUCUCAAGAUUUACAAGAACUCGGGAUGCGUACAAAACCAUUUGACGCUCGCUGGCACUGCCCACUGGAUCUUUUUGCCAUGUCCCAGCAGAGUGCUGCACGAUCUAACCGGCCGCAGAGCAUGGUUGACCCGGUAUCUGUCGAUCCUAGUCGUGAUAUUUAUCCUGUUCCGCCCUCACCAUUUCCUUCGGUCAUGUCCCAGAGGAGGAAUACAGGCACUCCACACUCUUCUGGUCAUCCGUUUACUGGUCCUUUUUCUGGUUCUUCAAUGACUCCCGAUGGGUCUUCGUUUUCUUCGGUCUUUGGUGGGCCAGUGGAACUACCUAGUGCGACGGUAGCGGGAAGCAAACGGCACACGAUUGCAGGUCUCGCCAGCCUUGCGGCAAAACGAGCCAGUCUACCUACCUCAAUUAGCCAGCGAGCAUCCACUCCAGUAACUGUACCCCCUACUGGACUAACUCGCCCAGGAGCUCCCCCAAAAUUUAUGCCUAUGCCUCCUUCGGUAGCCGUUUCCGCAGGUCUUACGCCCCCACAUGGUGCCAAUUCGUUCACGCAAUCUCAGAUGCAAGGUACACCAACCAAGGGAUCACCCACCGCAAGUAGCCAUAGUAGUCUUGCUGUUCCCUCCAGUGGGCCUACCCCUGUCACUCCAGCGUUCCCAGCUUACCCAGAUGCGCCCUUGCCGUCCAGUCCGCUAUCGCAGGCCCCAAUGCAAGGACUCAUGGCUUCUGUUGCCCCUCCACUCGAACCUCCGGCUCGUCGAGAUUCGCUCAGCCGCCAGGACCCACAGAGCCGUAGAGACUCGCUCAGUGACCCUCUUGGACUUGGCCAACGUCAUGCAUAUGCUCCGUCUGUGUUGCAACCCGUGUUAGUGUCUGUAUCGCUACUGCCACCCGACGGGUCGUCGGACGAACGCAUAUACCCCAUGAACACAUUCUCCCUGGAGAUAUUUGUAUUCAACGAAUCAGACGUUGUACGACGCUGCGAAAUCAGUUGCCCGGCGCGUAAGCGGUGGAGGCAAGAAACAGCACAACGCUCCCAAGAUGACCAUCCAGGAAACCCAACUGGUAUACUUCCGCUGGAGAACCACAUCCGUAUUGGCCCACUCCGACCCGGACAUGUCACGACGGGCUUUGCGAUAAAUCUACGUGACACAAUGAAUGUUGUUGUUCACAAAAGGGAAGAGGCGGUAUCUCAAGUCGUGACACCUGCUGCUGAAAUACCAGUCACCGUCUAA